AUGAGAGCGGGGCUUCUCAACAGCUUCUUCUGGCGACGUCUUCGAUUUCUACGACAUCAUCUUCUUCGAGUCAUUGUCAAUCAGCGGAACUAUUCCUAUCUGUCGAGUAAAAGUCCUACUGUGCCAAAUGAAGUGUUGCGGUCUAGUGAUCAGUCGUCUCACACAUCAAACUGGCGAGUAUUCCUAUCACAUCCAUUGAUAGAUACUAUACUCGUAGAAGAUUGCCUUAGGACGGGAAAAAGAGUUGUGAUCCCGAAGAAACUGCAAGCGAAUGUUUCCAAGGAACUACACGUCGGUCAUCCUGGAAUUGUAAGGAUGAAAAAGUUUGCUCGGAGAUAUGUCUAUUGGUCAAAUAUUGAUGAAGAUUGUGAAAGUGAAAAUCGCGCAACUGAUCGAAAUGUCAAGAGGUAUGCGAAGUAUUCAAUCGAGGUACCCUUGGAGACAUGGCCAACUCCUACCCGUGUCUGGCAAAGGAUUCAUGUAGAUUUCGCUGGAUCAAUUUAUGGAUGCUACUACGCGGUGCUUGCGGACGCCUUUAGCAAAUGGCCAGAAAAACUCGAAAUGAAAAACAUUUCCGCAAACCAAACAGUGAAGGGGCUAGGCGUUGUUCGCAAGAAUGGACCACCGAAAACCAUUGUGACAAUGGAACCCAAUUCUGCUCAGAUCAAUUCAGGAAAAUGUGCGAGGAAGGAAGAAUAG